GGAAGAGGUCUCAACCCAAGGAGAACUUUAGAAGAGAAAGAAGAGAAAAGUCUCCUCUCCCUCCACAUCUAGAGAUGUCAAUUCGGAUAUGUCACAGCAGAACCAUCCAGAGGACAGUCCUCAACAUCUUGAUGAAGAAACCCAUCAAGAACAAAGCCUUCCAACUCCUUCAUCACAAACAAUCUCUGAUGAAAUGAGCAAAUUCCUCUAUAUUUACUCUGUUUGGAGAGCUUGGAAGGUUGGUAACUCUGAAAAAAAGUUGCUUGAUUGCGACCAACAAAUUAAAAAUGAAAAGAUUAUCAAGAGAUUCCUAGGACUGCCAACUAACUACUACUGUGAACAGAUUUUGGAUGAAGAAUGGGUCUGGAAGAAAUCCAACGAAAACCUGAUGUUGGAAUACUUGUCCACUUCUCCACCUUCAGAAUUUCAGGUUGAUGAUGAGGACACUGCAGUCUACAAAACCAUCUUUUCAAAUCCAGCUGAAAACCAAGUUGAAAACAUCACUGCAGAAACACAAGCAGACCUGGAAGCUAAAGCAGAUGAUUUCUCAAUUUUUCUAGAAACCUCCCCUAUUUUUGAAACUAUUCUUGUUGGAGCUGUCCAGGAGAAUGCAACUACUCUCCAACCUGAAGAACAGAUUCAAGCAGCAGCAGAAGAAGAAGAAAUUCUGCAUUCCCUCCAAUUACAAGUUCAAGAGAUUCUCACGGAUGAACUUGAAAUUGUGGAAAAGUCAGUAGAAUAUCAGGAGAAGUCCACUCCUCCAGAUACUAUGGAAGAAAAAUCUCAAGAAGAACCAGAAGUGGAAGUUCAAAGGAGCUUUGAAGAAGCUGCAGAAGAUGCUCAAAUAGCUAGACUAGAGGUUACUGAAACUCCAGUUGCUAUCAUUGAGCAACAAAUUGCUGAUGUAGUGAGAGAUUCGAUUUCUCAUAAGAUCUCAAACUACAUAGAUGAAGAAGCUGAGGAAGAGUUAGUAAAGACUCUGAAAAUCAAUGAAGAAGAUGCUGAAGAAGAAAAAGAAGCUGAAUCUCACCCUCUACAAUUCUAUCACAGUGUACCUCCAUCCCAUCAGGUAACAAACUUCUACUUUCACAGCUCUUCCAUAUCUACUCUUCCGGAUGAGAUGCCAGAAUCCUGGACCAGGAAGGUUCAAGGGAUGGUUGAAACAGCCCUAGAGUCUCAAAAAGCCUCAUUCAAGGAAGAGUUAGAUAAGAUUGAAGUGAGACAUAACCAGAUUCUAGAGAAAACUGAAGAGAAGUACAGCUCAAACCUCAAAGAGAUAAGUCAAACUAUCAACAAGACUCUUGAGAUCAUCUCUUUUCUGAUCUAUUCAUUGAGCAAUACUAUGAUGACCUAUGCCUCUAGCUCUCAUCUCCAACUUAAAGAAGUUCUUGCUGAAAAUCAGAAGGAAGUAUUCAAGCUCUUCAAGCACUUUGCAACCUUCACUGCCAAACACAAGUUAGAUUUGAUUGUCCAAUACAAGAAUCUCCCAGAAAUUCAAAAGCUUCAUAUCCAAGCCAAUCAAGGAGAACUUGGGUACAUUCCAACCCACCUAAAGAUGACUGAUCUGCUCCUAGAAGCCCAGCAGAGCAAUCCGGAGCUCUCAGUACAACAUAUUUCAAACAAUGAAUUUGACGGGACGGAAGCCUUUAGAACAAUUGCCUCACACUUCACAAAUGAGGCUCAGCAAAAGGAACAAUAUGACAAUCUGAAGCGCAUAAGGUCUGAAUGUGGAGUCAUACAAGACAUUGGAGAGUCUGCCGAAUCCUCCAGACGCAAGAGGAGUUGAAGGUUAUUCUCAUCAAAAUAGGGGGAAGUCUGCAUACAUUAUUUGGGUUUUGAUGACAACACCUUCUUGUUUAAACACUUCUUCUGUUUAAACACUUUUUGAUUGAAUCUCUUAAUUAUGCUUGAACAUAUUUCCUUUAUGUAUAAGUUUAGAGAUUUAUUAUGUGUGCAUACAUUCAAGGGGAAUGUAAUUCAGGGGGAAUUUAACUAUUUUUGGCUAAUAUUUGUUUUCGGUAAUGAACUGCUGAUAAUCUC